AUGUUGAAUCCCCAAAGCCAUAUAGACGACGAGAUAGGUUUGGAGCGAGCUGAUGACAGAUAUCCAGCUCGUUUAAGAAGCCUGACGGAUGUAGCCAUGGAAGAAUUCCAAGUGCGAGUUCAGCGGUUUAAAUCCAAGUUAUAUGGAAGAUGGGAGGCAGUUAAGUCGAAAAUGGACCAAGCUGCUAAGUGUGCAGAUACUAUCGAUGCUCUGAAGAAAUCGAAUCAUGAGUUGUGUUUGUCGUAUGGGGAAUACCGUCUAGUGUCGCGAGAUUACGCAGGGUACCUGCAGGAUAUGAGGACAAAAGACAGUAUAUCAUUUUAUGAUGAACUUUUAAAGUAUGAUAAAGAAAACGAUAUCUUUGUGAAGGAUGUUCUGCAACAGAUUGAUACCAGGAGUUUAAACGUACACGAAAUUAGGUCGUCAAAAUCUGCAAAGUCCAGAGCUUCGAACCAGUCUUCAGAAUCAACAAGGAUGAAGGCUAAAGCAGAGGCAGCUAAAGCAAGGCUUGUUUUUGUCCAGAAAGAGGCGGAACUCAAACGAAAGAAAGCGCUCUUAGCUGAGAGAGAUUCCUGGGCUCGUGCCAAAACAGAGAGGGAGAGAGAAGAAAUCGAUGUAGAUUUAGAGCUUAUUAAGGAAGAGAAAUUAUGUGCGGAAGCUGAAGCAGAGGCCACCGUAUAUGAUAACUUGAUAAUCAAGGAUGAAUGGAGGGCGUCAAGAGAAUCUCUCAAGGUACCAGAGGAAGAUCCAGUUGAAAGGACUAGACAAUAUGUGAUUGAGAACAAUGGCAGCUUCGAGACUUAUAUAGAUCAAGCGAAAGAUUUUCAGUCCCCUGAUCGGAAUCAUAGUCACGCACAUUCUUAUUCGUCGAUAGGGGAACAACCAGAUUAUACAGCUCCUCCUACGACCACUCACAGACCGCAGACUCCACCUUUAGAUCCCUCCUCAGCUAAUGCUAUGUUUGGAGAUUUCACGAACUACCUUCUUAAGAAAGACCUCAUAUCAUCUCGUUUCACUAAGUUUACUGAUGAUCCUGGUAUAUAUGGUGUAUGGAAAACCUCGUUCAAAAACGUCCUUUCUGAACUGAAGGCCACACCAGAUGAGGAGAUGGCUUUGUUGACUAACUGGCUGGGGCCAGAAUCCUCAAGACAAGCUAUGAAUAUGAGAGCAGCAAACGCGCACAAUCCUGCUGGUGGUCUUAAGAGGAUAUGGAGUCGUCUUGAUGAGCGGUAUGGAGCUCCUGAGUUAGUGGAAAGUACACUACGUAAGAAAAUCAAGAAUUUUCCUGCCAUAAGUCCCAAGGAUUCUAAGAGAUUGUACGACCUUGGGGAUAUUCUUUCAGAGAUUGAAAGCGUCAAGGAAGAUGAGAGAUACAAACAGAUGUUAUCCUUUUACGACACGUCUUGGGGAGUGAAUCCUAUUGUAGCUAAGCUUCCAUCCCAUCUGCAGAACAAGUGGUUUACUAGAGCUUCAAGAUACAAAAUUGAAAACAAGAAACUUUUCCCUCCAUUUUCUUACUUUGUAAGAUUUAUCCAGGAAAUGAGUUCUACUUUAAACGACCCAAGUUUCGACAUACAUGCUACUACAGAAGAAGUUAAGCCUUCUGGAACACAGAAUAAGAGACAAGACAAAGUGUUCGUAAAGAAGACAGAAGUGGAUACGGAAAGAAAAGAAGUCAAGUGUCCCCUUCAUGAAUCAAAUUCUCACUCGCUCAAUGAAUGUAGAAAUUUCCUUAGAAAGAACAUUGUAGAGAGGAGACAACUUUUGAAGGAUUAUAAGAUGUGUUUUAAAUGCUGUAAGUCUACUUCGCAUAUGGCACGGAAAUGUACUGCGACUAUAAACUGUAAUGAAUGUGGCAGCACAAGACAUUCUACAGCUCUUCAUGAUCCUAUCAACACAUCUGAUAAACCAAGAAGUCCAAAACCUCAAGGCGGGGAGCAGGCUGAAAAAGUCACCAAUAAAUGUACAGCUAUCUGUGGAGAAGGGGUCAGCGGUAGAUCAUGCGCCAAGACGCUCUUAGUCGACAUAUAUCCUGAAGGACAAGCUGGAAAGUCAAUCACUGUUUACGCUGUUUUGGACGAUCAAAGCAACCGCACAUUAGCGAGUUCGGAACUUCUCGAUGCCUUGGGUAUUGCUGGAGACGAGAUACGCUUUACCAUUUCGUCGUGUGCUGGCACUUAUCAGACAUCAGGAAGAAGAGUUGAUGGCUUGGUGGUCCGUGCUAUGGAUGGUUCUUCUCAGCAUGUUCUUCCGACAGUGAUUGAGUGCGAUAUACCUCAAGAUAUUACAGAGACGGCUACGCCAGAGGUGGUCGCCCACCAGGAACAUCUCAGAGUUUUAAAAGAUGAGAUUCCACCCUACAGACCGGAAUGCUUCAUGGGACUUCUGAUUGGUAGAGAUGUACCUGAUGUUCAUCAUGUUCAUGAACAGAUAGUGGGACCUAGAGGAUCAGCCUUUGCACAGAAAUUAAGCCUUGGAUGGGUUGUCGUAGGCGAUGUUUGUCUGGGAAAAGUACAUCCCCCUGACUCCGUGACCGUGUAUAAAACAUCAAUAGUAAGCGGAAGAGGAACUAUAUUCCAACCUUGUGAGUCGUACAUGGCAGUAAAGGAAAGCCAACAGACGGAUACGGUCUUCGCUAAGACUAAAGACGACGAAAAAGUUGGGUAUUCAGUAGAGGACAGGGAAUUUAUCAACAUCAUGAAAGAGGAAUGUCAUAUGGACGACAACGGUUUCUGGACUGCCCCCUUACCUUUUCGUAAUCCUAGGCUUAAGAUGCCCAAUAACAGAAAAUUAGCAUGGAAAAGAGCAAGUAUUCUCGAUGCUAACCUGAAAAAGAAUACUACCAAGUGUGAGCAUUUUGUUAAGUUUAUGGAAAAAAGUCCUGGAUUCCGGAGCGGCAGAAGUGGCCCCACCUUCAUCAGGAGAGAUUUGGUAUUUACCCAUAUUCGGGGUAUACCAUCCCAAGAAGCCGGAAAAGAUCCGUGGCGUUUUCGACUCUUCGGCUAUCUAUCAAGGUGUUUCGCUCAACAGUAUGCUCAUGUCUGGACCGAACCUCACUAA